AUUUUAUCAGCGUUUUUUGGGUAUCUGCUUCGUGUGGGCUCCUCCUGAGUCAUGUGUUUUUGUUGUUUGAGUUCAAUCUGACCACUCACUUAUUGUCCUCCUUUGCAUUUCUGUGCGCGGAGAAGCAACAAUGCGGUGCUGGCUCAUUGCAGUUGUUGUUGUUUUGUUGGCUGUCGUAGUUGCAGAGGGAAAAGCUGUCCCUUCCCCUCCAGAUUUUGGAAACAGCUAUCAUGUUAAAGGAGUAAUUUCUCUGCCCUAUGCUGAGAUCAAUGAGCCGUUUGAGGCCUGGUUUGAUCUGCCAACAAAGUCCAGCAGAAUAGACUACUACCAUGGGCAAGUGUCGACAUACCAGUUGGGGGCAGAGCCGCAGUGGGGCAUCGCCUACAAGAUCUCACCCGAGACCACGGAGGUGGAACUGAAUGUGAUGAAGUGCUUUCAGGUCAACGGAACACAGAAUGAGACGGUCACACCUCAGGCGGCACUGCCUAAUAUCCAGGGCUUCCAGUUCCUGAGGAUGGAGUACUAUGCAGGUUCCCUAUGUGAAGUUUGGCAGAACGUGACCACUGUGGGCUACAAGAAGAACACGUACACUCUGUGGGUGACCCACUCGGAGGGGGACAAUGAGCCUGCCACACCCCUCCAUUAUGAGAUGAUGGGAUACAACACACUGCUGGGCUCUCACUAUGAUAAAUACUUGGUGGACUACAAGGAGUUCAUUACUCAUGUGGACCCCAAAGUCUUCUCCCUGCCUGACGAGAUGAGUUGUGGGGGGUUUCCUGGUCCAGGUGUGGAGCACCACAUGUUGGCCAACCCGAUGAAAGAUCUCAUCCACACCACAGCGUCGGGCCACUCUCAGCGCAUGUUCAGCCAUUUCAAGGACAAGUUUCAGCGACAGUACCGCGAUGAAAGAGAGCAUGAAAAGAGGGAGCACGCUUUUGUUCAUAACCUCAGGUAUGUCCACUCCAAGAACAGAGCAGGGCUGUCUUUCUCUCUGGCUCUGAACUCUCUGUCAGACCGCACCAUGUCAGAGCUGGCCACCAUGAGAGGGAGGAAAAGUGCAAAGACUCCAAAUAGAGGUCUCCCUUUCCCCUCCAAGGUUUAUGAAGGGGUGGAAGUGCCCGAUUCAUUUGACUGGAGGCUUUAUGGUGCUGUGACCCCAGUGAAGGAUCAAGCCAUAUGUGGCUCCUGCUGGAGCUUUGCCACCACUGGAGCAGUAGAGGGCGCUCUCUUCCUAAAGACGGGCUCCCUGCAGGUUCUGUCUCAGCAGAUGCUGGUCGACUGUUCCUGGGGUUUCGGCAACAACGGCUGUGACGGCGGAGAGGAGUGGAGAGCGUACGAGUGGAUCAUGAAACACGGCGGCAUCGCCACGACGGAGACGUACGGAGCCUAUAUGGGAAUGAAUGGAUUUUGCCACUUGAACUCGUCUCAGCUCACCGCACGCAUCCAGAGCUACACCAACGUCACGUCCGGAGACGCAGAGGCCCUCAAGGUGGCGCUCUAUAAGAACGGCCCCGUGGCCAUUAGUAUCGACGCUUCGCAUCGAUCGUUUGUUUUCUACAGCCACGGUGUUUACUACGAACCUGCCUGUGGUAACACCACUGACGAUUUGGACCACGCCGUGCUUGCGGUGGGUUACGGGAGCCUAGACGGGGAGCCAUACUGGUUCGUUAAGAAUUCGUGGUCCACGUACUGGGGCAACGACGGCUACAUCCUCAUGUCUAUGAAGGAUAACAACUGUGGCGUGGCCACUGACGCUACAUACGUGACUCUGGCGUAGACGGUUCGCUCCAUGUUCUCGAUCGUGUUUGUUAAAGCUGCAGUUGGCAGAAUCACUGGAGAAAUAAUUGACGGGGUUUCAUCGGCAGGUGUUUUGGGAUCACCACUCCCUCCUGAGCUCAUCUCUUCACUCAUUUUUGAAUUGAAAUACUUAAUUAAAAUGCUUGACGACAUUUCUUUGAUAUGGACUCCCUGCACGAUACUAUUUUCAACACCGGUUUCAUUCUCUGGCUGUUUUUCCAACUCCCUAUCAAGUUUUGUUGUCACUUUAGAUUGCCUGAAAAACAAGGACAAACUUUUCAACACACAACACAGGCACACUCACUCAGACUUAUUGGAUCAAAUCAAACUUUAUAUUCGUUUACCACCAAAUCACAAUGUACAAGGCACUUUACACAAAGUCAAACCGCGCGCUGCAUGCUUUUCGGCUCAGUGACACUGAUGAGAUGAACUCCUUAGGUACUGAAACUUGAAAGUGAACGUCCUCAGAGCCCAGUCUAAAGUUUGGUUAGUAUCUAAGUUUGAUACCGAGCCCUACUCGUUCUAUGUAGAUCUAUUUAGCCGAUAUUGACUUGUGUUUAUAGCGUUUAUUGUACACGUCCAACACUCUAAACUGUUCCGUGAUUGGUCUGAACCUUCUCUCCUACUGCACCUUUAGCUGUGAGCCUGUAAUCGGAGUGAGAAUUGUUGUUUUUGUUCUUUAAGAUCACUUGAUUUACGUUCUUAUGCGACUUGCACAGAGCCGUCUUUGCUCUAAACCAUGGGUUGGACGGCACAGGUACAGUGCCUUUGUUGUACACAUUUCCAGUUAAUGUUUUUUGUGAUUUGUGUUGUUGCAAAUGCACAGGGCAAAAAUAAAUGUUCUAAGAAGAAUUUUUUUUUUUUUUUUAACGCUUAAUAAGACAUGUGCUGGUUAAAGUUAGUUGUCAAAGUUACUAUGGCAAGUGAUGCAUCAAAACAAAGUCCUACACAAUAUAAAAUCACAUUUCACUUACUGAGAACUACAGAAGAACUACUCAAUGAAAAGCAUAAUAAAGUUUUAAUUCUCUUG